CACGUUCUCUAAAGAAUCUCUGAAGCUUGAAGUUCAAUACAGGAGUGACUCAGUAAACCUCCAUCCCACCACUAUGAAGAAAAGCGGUGUUCCUGUUCUCUUGGGCAUCAUCUUCCUGGUUCUGACUGGAGUUCAAGGAAUCCCGAUAAUGAAGAACAGACGCUGCUUAUGCAUUGAAAUUAACCAAGAGAAGAUCCAAUCACAGUCCUUAAUAGACCUUCAACAAUUUGCCCCAAGCCCUUCCUGUGAGAAAACUGAAAUCAUUGCUACAUUGAAGAAUGGGGAUCAAACGUGCCUAAACCCAGAUUUACCAGAUGUGAAAAAAUUGAUGAAAGACUGGGAGAAACAGGUCAGCCAAAAGAAAAAGCAAAAGAAAGGGAGAAAACAUCAAAAAAUCAAGAAAGAUGAAAAAGUUAGAAAAUCUGAACGUCCUCAUCAAAAGAAGACUACAUAA